AUGCCCAAGCGGACCCUUCGACCGAUCGAGGCCGAGUACAAGAAGGGCCAGAAGCGGGUGAAGGUGGACGACGAGCGGUUCGUCGACGUGACCCACAUGCUGCAGCGCCGCUAUGACGACGAGACCAAGCGCCGCGAGGUCAAACGCGAGGAGCCGCCCGCAGGCACCGACAACGACUCUUCCGAAGAGGAGGAAGAGGAAGAAGCCGAAGCAGACAACGAUGAUGACGAUGAUGAUGACGACGAUGUGGGUCGGUGGUACUGGCAGCAGGACGACAGCUCGUGGGUCGAGUACGACCGCCAAAAGGCCAGCGAGAUCGAAGACGCCUUCGCCGCCGGCAAGCGCCGCGACAGCGAGCGGUUCAUCGACCUGCCCAACCUGCUCCAGCGCCGCUUCGACGACGAGUCCAAGCGUCGGCUCGUGAAGCGCGAGGGACCCAAGCCCGCAGCCCGUCUCCCACCGCCCACCGCCACGGCCACCGCCGCAUUGGGCGGCGCCUCGCUCCUCUCCUCGCUCAUGGUCUCGGCCCCGUUCGGCUCCGCCACGACCGCGCCCGCGACUACGUCAGCAUCCACGUCAUCGUCUACAAUCCCAGCGCCGACAGGGUCGACAACAAAAGCGGCAGCGGCGGCGUCGACCAGCGCGCCGCCGCCGGCCAAGGCCUCGCUGUUCGCCGCGGCCGCGGCCGGACCCUCGUUCGGCGUGUCGACGCCGGUGGCCAUCCCCGCCCUCUCCCCCGCGGCCCAGUGGCAGAUGCAGCUCGCCACCAUCGCGCCGCCUCUCGCCACCACGACCACCGCCUCUUCCGCCUCUUCGAAGUCGGCUUCCUCCUCGUUCACGCCCUACGCGAAAGCGUCAUCCGAAGAUGAAGAAGAAGACGACGAAGACGACGAAGAUGAGGACGAAGAUGAAGACGACGGCGGGCGGGAGCUGGUGGGCGAGGCGCGUGUCGAGUAUGCCGCGAGCGGGCGGAGCGGCUGCCGCGUGUGCCGCCAGAAGAUAGACAUGGACGACCUCCGCGUCGCCCGCAUGGUCCAAUCCCAGAAAUUCGACGGCAAGAUUCCGGAGUGGCACCACUACGACUGCUUCUUCUCGACGUACAAGGUGAUCGACAUCGGGUACGUGUCGGGGGCGAGCAAGGUGCGGUGGGAGGACCAAGAGAAGCUGCGCAAGCAGAUCGAGGCCGACCAGCCGCGCGCCAAGGCCAAGUCCAAGUCGGAGCUCAAGAAGGAGGACGCCCUGCGCGACGAGAACGAGGCCCUGUGGGCCAUCAAGGACAAGCUCCGCGCCGCGCUCGACGUCGGCCAGCUCAAGUACAUGCUCGAGCACAACAAGCAGGACUCCAAGGGAGGCGAGGCGAAGCUGUUGGAUCGGUGCGCCGAGGGAAUGCUGUUCGGCGCGCUGCCGCCGUGUCCGUCAUGCGACGAGGGCCAGCUCGUGUGCGUGCGCGGCGUUGAAUACAAAUGCACCGGCUACGCCUCUGCGUGGGGCCGGUGUCUGUUCACGGGCACGGCCAGCGACGUGCAGCGGCUGCCGUGGAAGGUCCCCUCGGGCCUCAAGGACGCCUCCACCUACCUCAACAACUGGAAGUUCAAGCCGCGCAAGCCGGUGGAGCGGGAGAAGGUGGAUCUGCCCGUGCUGGAGAUCCCGCAGGCCGCCGAGAAGAAGCGCAAGCGAGAUGACGACAGCGAUGAUGAUGACGACGACAGUGACAACGAUGCGGCGGCCAAGAAGAAGAAGCAGCAGCUGGAGAGCGGCGUCCAGAAGUUCAAGGUCAAGGGCAAGUCCGCCGUGCACCCGGACUCUGGGCUUGAUGACGAUGGCCACAUCUACCAGUCCGACUCGGGGACCGUCUACAACGUCAUGCUCAACCUCGCCGAUAUCACGUCGGGCUUGAACUCGUACUACGCGCUGCAGCUCAUCGAGCUCGACACCAAGAAAACCAGUAGAAGUCGUAACUGGGAUGCGCUGGCGGGUGCUGUGGCGGGGGAACGGGUCCAGUGGUAUGUCUACCGGAAGUGGGGGCGCGUGGGCACGACGAUCGGAGGCGACAAGAAGGAGAAGUUCUCCUCCAUCGACUCGGCCAAGGCCGCCUUCGAAAAGACGGAGAAUUCGUGGGCGCACCGCGAUCAGUUUGUCAAGAAGCCCGGCAAGUUCUAUCCGAUCGAGAUCGACUACUCGGGCGACGACACCGACGAGCUGGCCAUCAAGCAGAAGGCUCAGGAGCUCCGCCGCAACAAAUCCAAACUCGACAAACGCAUCCAGGCACGCGACCUGGUGGGGUUGAUAUUCGACAUCAAGGCCAUGCAGGACACCCUGCUCGAGCUCGAGAUCGACGUCAACAAGAUGCCCCUCGGCAAGCUCUCCAAACGCAACAUCCAGCAGGGCUACGAGGUGUUGACGGAGAUCCAGGGCAUCCUCAAGAAGGGUGAUCCGUCAAAUCUCGCCAUCAAGACUCGCCUCACCGAAUGCGCCAACCGCUUCUACACGAUCAUUCCGCACGCCUAUGGCAAUCAUCAGCCGCCGUUGAUCGCGACGGAGGAGCAGCUGCGCGAGAAGACCGACAUGCUGGAGGCCCUCCUCGACAUGGAGAUCGCCGCUUCGCUCCUCAAGGAUGGCAGCGGCGGCGAGACGCUCGACCCGAUCGAACAGAACUACCGCAAGCUCAAGACCAACAUGGUCCCUGUCGACACCGACGACUCGGACUGGGACAUGGUGUCCAAGUACGUGACGCAGACGCACUGCCCCACCCACACGGCCUAUUGGCUGGAGCUGGUCGAUCUGUUCCGCAUCGAGCGCGAGGGCGAGUUCGACAACUUCAUCCCGUUCUCCGACCUGCCCAACCGCAUGCUCCUCUGGCACGGCUCCCGCCUCACCAACUACGCCGGUAUCCUAUCGCAAGGCCUCCGCAUCGCCCCGCCGGAAGCCCCGUUUGGCAAGGGCGUGUAUUUUGCGGACAUGAGCAGCAAGUCGGCCAACUACUGCUACCCCAACCGGGAGAAGACCACGGGCCUCAUGCUCCUGAGCGAGGUCGCGCUCGGCAACGUGUACGAACUCACCCAGGCCGAGUACAUGGACAAGGCACCCCAGGGGUUCGACAGCACGAAGGGCUGCGGCAAGACGGCUCCGGACCCACGGCAGUCGGUGACGACCCCCGACGGGGUGCUGGUCCCGCUGGGCACGCCCGCCAACACGGGCGUCUCGCCCACCUCCCUCCUCUACAACGAGUUCAUUGUGUACAACACGGGCCAGAUCAACCUCAAGUACCUUCUGCGCGUCAAGUUCCACUACUACUAA